UUUAUGUUUUUUUAUUUAUUUAUCUAAGUUUUAACCUUUAACCUCUUUUACUGGGGUCAAAAUUCAUUUUUUCGGAUAAAACUUACAACUCACAUUCCCGCAUUAACCACCAUAAAAAUGGUCCUCUCAAAACCUUUAGUUAAUGCUCUGAGCUUUUAUUUUGGACAUCUUUACGAACAUCCAAUAAGAACUAAAGCCAUAACUUGCUGUGCUUUGGCGACGGCUGGUAAUUAUGCUUCCCAGAGGUUGGCUGGUGCUAAAAUACUGAACUAUCAAAGUCUUAUUGCUUAUGGCAUCUAUGGAUUGUUUCUUGGUGGCACCAUACCUCAUUACUUCUACAGUUUCUUAGAAUAUGCAGUACCAGAAGAUGCAGCCUUUGCAUUGGCAAAAAAAUUAUUCCUUGAAAGGCUCGUAUAUUCACCUCUUUAUCAAGCAUUCACACUAUAUGUACUAGCAAGGCUUGAAGGAAAAGAUCACAAGACUGCUGUUAAACAGUUACAAGAUCUUUAUUGGGUGGUACUCUCUAGUAGCUGGAAGUAUUUAACUAUUAUUCAUUUGCUCAAUCUCAGCGUAGUGCCUCCCAUGCCUUACAUUUUCAUUGAAAUGCAUCGUUAUAUUUUGAGAUAUGAGAAACUAACAUCAAAAAACAAAUCCUUUCAUAACCUUCUUCUGCCAAUGAUCUGUAGCUGAUGUCUGUCUAUUGCGAGUUCUCACCACAAACUUAAUGGGGUUCUUUUGGACUAUCUACAUAGCAAAUCAAAGGCGUCAACAACAAGCUUCAAGUAAAUCAAAGUGAAAAUGAUUUUUUAUGAGGUUAAUAUAAUAUAUUUUAUGGGUUUUUGGGAGGAAGGAUGGUUACUUCAUAACUUUUAUUCACGGUGCUUUUGUUAUUGAUAAAAUGAUAUACAAAUAAUAAUAUUUUUUAGAUAAUAUUGUUUUACAUUCCUUAGUAAAUAUAAAGAGUUUUGUUGUGUAUAUUAUUAUUAAUAAAAAAUAUAUUGUUAUUAAAAAAAUAUGUGAUA